GCUGUCUUCAGCGGGAAAGGUUGAUCCCUACGGAUCCACUGCCGCAGCAACAUUCAUCGUUCCCUGGCGUAUUCGGUGUGGUGAGGUGUGCCAGCCUUGCUGGGAUCACCAGCUGGCAGCGUGGCAUUUGGGUUGUGACUUUCCUAAAUUGCAUCAAGUAAUGGGAAACCAGACAUAGAUGGGGAAGGUUUUUAUUCUGGCCAUGAAAGUAGUAAGGUGUUGUAUUGCUCUGUGGGCAGGUGAUCCCAGGUAUACCCAGGUAUAACAGGAACUGGUGCUGUGUAGAUAUCCCUGCUCACACUUUCGUAAAAAAAGCCUCUAUUUGUGACUAAUGUAGUCCUUAGCUUCUGUCUGUUUAUUGAAAUGUGGGAUUGUAACGUACUCACAUGCUGCACUGUGUUUUAAUUUAGCUAUAUUUUGUCCGGGGAAAAAAAAAAAAGUAUUUAGCUUCUGUGAAAGUAAUUGUCCAGUAAUUUGAAAACCACAUACAAGGAUUUUGAAGUGUGAGGAGAAACCUGUGACUCCGUUCUGCUGACUGGUUCUCUCCAGCCAUUUUCUGACUUGUUAGUUGAUUUACUUGCACCUAGUGAAUAGCUUUUGUUUUUUUCUCGGGUCGUUGUGAAUGCUGGCUGCACAAAUAGUUAUCGAUGGCAAUGACAGAACAGGAAGUUAAACUGGAAAUUACAAACAGAACAAUACCUUUUUUCUGUUCGACAACACUGUGCAUCUUCAAAGCCCCAUUUGUUAUCUGAAGUGAUCGUAUCUGUAGUUUUAAUGAGGUUUUCCAAUUGAACUUACGAAUGAGACUCCUGUAACUGAUAGUGCUCAUUAAAGUAUAAUUUGAAGGUUGCAUUCAGUCUGGAUUGGUAUCUAUUGCACAGCAAAAACAAAGCUUUUUUAAGGCAAAAAAUUAGAGCUGUUGUAAUCAGUAUCUUGUGCCUCUAAUGGAUGUUCUGUGAUAGGCUGUCUAUACAGUGAAAGUAGAAAACCUACUUCCAAGCAAGUGUUCUUGAAUACUACUUUUUUUUUCAUUAAUCAGACAUUUCCUUCUGAUGUGAGUAGUUGGUAAUGUUGCUUAAUAGGUAGACUUAUAAAUAUUCAUUUUGCAAAGCAAGACUUAGUUUGUAGUUUGGAAAUGUAGUCACAAGAUUGACUUGCAUGGAUAAAGUGGUGUUUGCCUGAGCCUCAGUCGAUGAGCAAGGUUAAGUUUUUCAAGUGUUUUCAAGAGAAAUGUUCAUGGUUUAUUAUUCUUGCUAAUCUUUCCUGUAGAGGAAGCAGGCAUACUGUUUUUACUCUUAAGUUCCCUAUUCUAAUUCUAGUAGUUAUUAUAUAUCCCUGAUUCUUUUCAGCCAACUCUUAGAAUUUUCCCAGCAGAUUAAGUUGGCAACUUGAGGUCAGAGGCAAUAAGAUAGAAGCAGCAAGGAGAAGAGACUUGCUCUCAAAGGGAUCUCUGGGGAGAGGACUGGAUAAGGCAAUUAGGUGGUACAAAAUCACUGUGGUAUGUUCUUCAGUCCAUAAGGGUUGUGAUUGCGUGGGAUCUUCUAGGUAGAGGAAUGGGUAAUUGUGUAGCAGAUUAGGGAGAGUACUAUGAAGUUCACUGUCAUGGUGUGGACUGGUUUCUGUGACAAAUUAAUGAAUCUGAGCUUUAAUUCACUGCUACUAGGCAAUAUUUUGAAGUGUGUGCAAAGCUUUGAAGACUCUGGACAGGGUAACUAAACUAUAUAUUGUAAUUACUGUCAUUUUUUUUUUAAUGUUUCAGUGUCAUGUUCGUUAUAAAGGUGUUUAAACUCAGAUGAAGGAGUCAAAUCCCGCUUGAGAUGCUGCAAACGUAAAGUAGCUGGCAGUCCUUUGAAAGCCUUAUCUAAACAGCCACAGCCAGCUGACCUUAAAACCUUCUGUUCUCCAGUGUGAGAAGUGGACAAGAUGUGUCUGUUUGCUUGCCAGAAUACAAAAUGUCACACAACAAAUAGAUGGCACCCUGAGAAGGGAAGGUCAGAAAUCAGUCUACCCAGGAACACGUUACCGGAGCAGCGGAGAGAAAAAUAAGGAAGAUUUCUUCUGUCAAGCCAAAGACUUGCCAUGUCUUACCAUUACAAUGAAGCCUUUGAAAAUCCAGCCUACCGCUUCUCAGAGACACUGGAAGUUGAUAGGAGCAGGAAUUAUCAAGAGAAUCCAUUCUCUUACCAAAACCCCUACGAUUCUUCAUCAUAUAGUUACCAGGGAGAGCACAGAGGAAGAAGACAAAAUUAUACUCCAGACAUACCAAUGGCUUCUCUGAGACACAACUCUGAAUACAGUGACAGUUUACCAAGAGUUGAAGUCCUGAGCAGAAGUGGAAGGUCCCACGAUAAUCUUUCCUUUGAGCCUGAGCCAGAGUUGGCAUACAACCCACAAUCUUCCUUCAGUCCUCUGGAUGACCCCUAUACUCACAGAUUUUCCAGUGCAUCAGAAGAUGACUUUGUUCGGAGACGCAACAGAAGACCAUCUGACGUCACGAUGUUUUCAACCCAGUCUCAAGCAACUCCAGUGUGCGGAGAAGAGGAAAAAUUAGUUGGAAGUCUUGCAAGCAUGUCCAAGCAUGAGAGGAUUAAAGCAAUCCAGAAAAUGCCAGAAAACAUGAAAAGAAAGAGAGAGAUCAGGAAUAAAGUUCUCAGAGAAAUAACAAAGAAAUCAGGGGGCUGUGGUACUCUGUGUGGCUGCUGUACACACUGUAUGCGCAGAGCAAAAGUGUCAUUUCGGCGAUUCAGAAAUAGCCUGUCAGAAUAUUUUCACCGACUGAAUUUCUGGCACAAGACUCUGAAGAUCAUUGCUGGAGAGUUUGGAACAAGCGUUCUUUCUUAUUUUAUUUUCUUGAAAUGGCUGCUGAAUUUCAACAUCUUCUCAUUCCUCAUAAACUUUGGUUUCAUCACAGUCCCUCAGUUUGUUACAGCAGAACCAAAUAACCUCUCGUUCACGGGUCUGGAGCUGCUCACUGGAGCUGGUUAUUUUCAACAAACAGUACUCUACUAUGGCUUUUACACCAAUGCUACAAUCAGACAAAGGAAGAAUGGUGCAUCUUAUAACAUGCAGUUGGCCUACAUUUUCACUGUUGGAAUAUAUUUUGUCAUCUGUUUGCUUAUCUUGUUGUUCAGCAUGGCAAAAUCCUUCCACAGAAACUUUAUUAACACUCAGGUGUACUCUGGCAAUGCAAGCAAACUUCUCUGCGCUUGGGACUUCAACAUAACUAAUGAAAAAGCUGUGAAGUUGAAACAAAAGAAUCUCAGCACACAGAUAAAGGAAGACCUCGCUGAAGGAAAAAAAGAAGCUCCAAAACUUUCUGUAACAGAGAGAAUUGUUCGUAUUCUUAUCCAUCUUGGGUCAUGGGCUGCUUCCCUGGGAACAGCAGUAGCUGCAUGUGCUGGUGUUUACUUCCUCUCCAUUAAUAAUCUACAGCUCUUUAUGAAGGGGUAUAGAAAUGACCUGGAGAGCCAAGCUGCCAUGCUGGUGCUAGCCAUUGUUACAUCCCUCCUCAAUGUCGUCCUCCCGUUCUUCUACUCAUGGCUUGGAAACCUGGAAAAAUUUCAGGAUCCCAAAAACAAGAUAUAUGUCACUAUUGCCAGAAUUAUAAUCCUGAAAAUAUCCAUUAUUGGAAUACUGUGCUACUACUGGCUUAAUGUUGUGGCUGCAUCGGAGUCACAGUGCUGGGAAACACUGGUUGGCCAAGAUAUCUAUCGUCUUGUGUUGGUUGACUUCAUAUUUUGUUUGCUUGGCUCAUUCUUUGGGGAAUUUUUGCGAAGAAUUAUUGGAACUACAGUAUAUAUACGCCUUGGGGUGCCAGAAUUUGAUAUUGGACGAAGUGUUUUAGAUUUGAUCUAUGCUCAGACUUUGACCUGGAUUGGUAUUCUCUUCUCACCUCUGCUGCCUGGUAUCCAGAUGAUGUCAUUUUCUAUUUUAUUUUAUGUGAAAAAGGUCAGUCUGAUGAGGAAUUGCCAACCUCCUCGCAAAGCCUGGAAAGCUGCUCAAAUGACAACAUUCUUCAUGUUCCUUCUGUUUUUCCCUUCCCUGAGUGGAGUCCUGUCUGUCAUUGCAAUCACUGUCUGGAGGUUGAAACCUUCAAAAGAAUGUGGUCCUUUCCGAGGUCUGCCCUCUAUAUACGCAGCAAUUUCUGAGUGGGUAAAAAUACUGGAAAAUUACAUUGAUUCAAAAUGGGUAGCAUGGAUCUACUACAACUUAAUUACAAGUGAACUUUUCUUCUUCAUCCUCUCUGUCCCUAUCCUAGUUUUUACUUACCUUUACUGGCAAAUAAUAAAAGGAAGAAAAACCGUGGCCAAGCUCUUCCUUGAGCAAAUUGUUAAUAAAGGAAGAGAUAAAAGGUUUUUACUGGAACAAAUACGGAUGCUACAGAGAAAACAAAACCCAUCUGCACCAAGAAGACAAGACCAGCAGAGAAGCUCUUGGUUAGACCACUCAUCCAUGCCACCUGCCCAGCAAGAACCAAACUACCUGGGAAGGACGUUCGACAGAAAUCGAAAUGCAUCCUACGAUGAGUAUCCUUAUUCUGCUGGGAUCUCGAGGGGGACUGGCUUCCCAUCUGAUUGGGAAACAUCCCAGCCAAGCAGCAGCUCAGGGAUGUCUGAAGCAGUGGCACUCGCCCUGCGUGCGAGACAAGCAGCUCAAUUGGAAGAUUUGCAGGAUGACAUCAAUUUUCGACCAUGAGCAUGCACAGUCAGCAAUGGAUGCUCAGUAACCAAUGGAUGUUCUGCAGAAGGCAGCACUGAUUCACACGACUGAAAGAACCAUUGAUUUUUUUUUUUAAUUUUUUUUUUCUCUCCUCUGGUAGAAAAAAAACAGAGGUUGCAAAAUGUGAUCUGAGCCAACUUAGUAUUGGUCAAAUACAGAGAAAAUAAAAUUAAAGCACAGUUGUUUUUAA